AUGCUUCAUCAGGACCAACCUCUGAACUCGGCCUACGGGGGGAAAGGAGGCGCCGACAACUGCUCCUCUUCCCUGCGAAACAGGAAAGGCGACAAAGAUGGCAACUUUAACUUCCUGCCGAGCAAAGAUGAAGAGGUCAUCACCCGAAACAAAGGAGGAGGCGACGAGAACCGUAACCAGGUGCGUCCUCGCAACUUAGGCCCGCUCGGUCGUGACCCUCCGAACUCCACUCAGUCCUCUGGGUAUCACUCGAGUGUUACAUCCCCGCGCUCCCGCCUGCCGUGCUGGAACCCAUUGGAGCCCCUGCCAGAAAUCGAAUGUGGCGACGAUGGUUAUGGAAGAGUCCCACCUGAUGGAGCAGAGGAGGGCAGGGUGGAGGAGGAGGUGAUGAGGGUGAUGAUAAGUCAGGAUGGGGAGAAGCAGAGAGAGAGGAGGGAUCAGCUGAAGAAGAAAAGCAAAGAAGAGGCGAUGAAGCUGGAUGGUGACGAAUGGGGAGACAGCGACUCCGAAUCUGAGAACAGCCUCCAGUCCGGCGGCAGCAUGUCUUCUCUCAACAUGGACAGCGCAGGGGAAGGAAUGCUCAUGGGAGGCUGGGACCGCAUUGGAGUUGGAGAACCAAAAUCACCCCACCGUGAAAUUGGCCAAACCAAGUUCAGCAACAGAGAACCAUCAGGAAGACCCAGAAGCGUCCAGCGCAAAUCUCAGAGCAGGAGCAACCUAGGAAACCUUCUCGAGGAAGGAAUGGAAAAUCAAGAAGAAGACGACGACCGCUCUUCAGACUCCGACGGCGAGCUACCAGAGCUGAUGGACGCAGUGUGGACGCUGCGAGAUCGCGAGCACUUUAAAGCCCAGGAGAUGGAGAAGCACCAGGUUCAGCUGACCAUGUACCGCCGCUUGGCUCUGAUCCGCUGGGUCCGCACCCUGCAGAACCGAAUCCAGGAGCAGCAGAACCGCCUGCAGUCCAGCUUCGACGUCAUCCUCACGCACAGGAAGGAACUCUUACGCAUGGGGGCCGCCGCUGCUGUAGCUAACGCCGCGCCACCUGCUGCUGUCAGCCAAUCGUAA